CGGAGGCGGGAUUUCCGGUUUUCAUCUCUCGUUCUCGCGUGGCGGCGUUGCCGGCCUAUCGGCGAGUCGGUCUUGAGGCUGAAUCAGAAAAAGAAGCCGCGACGAGGGCUGAGGCGAUGGCUUGGGCUGCGGCCUCUCUGCCCGCCGACAAGUCUCGGUUCAUCUGUAUAUAUCCAGCUUACAUAAAUAACAAGAAGACAAUAGCAGAAGGAAGAAGAAUUCCUGUUGACAAAGCUGUUGAAAAUCCAACAUCUACAGAAAUCCAAGACGUAUGUGCAGCAGUUGGACUUAAUGUGCUUUUGGAGAAAAACAAAAUGUAUCCCAGAGAAUGGAACCGGGACGCACAGUAUAGGGGCAGAGUGCGGAUUCAGAUCAAGCAAGAAGAUGGGAAUCCAUGUUUACCUCAGUUUCCAACACGUAAGGCAGUGAUGCUAUAUGCAGCAGAAACUAUCCCCAAACUGAAAACAAGGACACAAAAAAUGGGCGGCAGCGACCAAAGUCUACAGCAAGGAGAAGGAGGCAAAAAAGGGAAAGGAAAGAAGAAGAAAUGAUUGUGGCUGGUCCAAGACUUGCACACUAAGUUGAACAUGGAGAUGGAAUAUUGACUUAUGCUUGUGGCAUGAAAGCUGAAGAAACAUGCAAGAGCUAUUCAAGUUGUUUGUCCUUUUUUGGAAUUGGAGUGCAUUUAAUGUGCAUAUUUGUAUAUUGCAGUCCAAUCCAUUUGUGAUCACAACUAGGAAUGCAUGCCCUUUCAACUUGUAAAGUACUUUAAUUGAAUGGAUGUUUUUAUUUUUAGAAAUAGUUUAAAAACUGGAUGCACAUAAUACUCUAUGAAUCUGGUUGGCUUGGAUACAGUCCACAUUGUUCAAGAUGAUGUUGGGAUGGGUUAAUUCAAUAUUGUGGGCUUCUGAAUUGAUUUUCACUCCUGGUUAAAAAGUAAGUAAAUUUGCUUUUUGAAACAUAAAA